AUGGAAGAACAGCAUGGCUUUCGCCCGGGUCGCUCAUCUUCCACUUGUAAUCUUGUGUUCACUAACUAUAUUUUUAAUGCUUUCCAAAAUCAAUUACAAGUAGAUGUUAUAUACAAUGAUUUCAGUAAAGCAUUUGACUCUGUAGAUCAUACGACCCUUAUUACUGUUCUUAGACAAUAUGGUUUUGGUGAACCACUACUUUCUUGGAUUAGUUCCUAUAUUUGUGACCGAUACCAAUGGGUAAAAGUAUUCGGCGUUAAGUCUAAUGUAUUUUUAGCGUCUUCUGGUAUCCCACAGGGAGGUCACUUGUCCCCUAUUCUAUUUUCCUUAUUCUUAAACUGUGUGCAUAAAGUUUUACACCAUUGUCAUUUUCUUUGUUUUGCCGACGACAUCAAACUAUUUAUGCGUGUAAGCUCGACUGAUGACUGUUUGAAAUUACAGGAUGACCUUAAUAGAUUUUCUAAAUGGUCAAACUCUAUGGGAUUGUCACUUAAUUUAAUCAAAUGCAAGGUCUUUACGUAUCAUAGAACAAAACAUCCUAUUGUGUUUCACUAUAGUAUUACUGAAGUAAAUAUCUCGCGUGAGUUAAACUCUAUUACAGAUCUAGGCUUUAAGUUUAGUUAUAAUUUUGAUCCUAUGCUUCAUAUUGAUUAUGUUAGCUGUAAAGCUUUUAAAGCGUUAGGUUUUAUUAUGUGUUUGGCCAAAUAUUUCAAGCAAGGACUUUCACUUAAAGUGCUAUUCUAUUCUAUAGUCAAACCUAUUCUAGAAUAUGGUAGUGUAGUAUGGGAUCCUUAUAUUGCCUUGGGCUCGCUACAGCUUGAGCGAGUUCAGCGAAAGUUCCUACGCUUUGUCAGCUACUCGCUCAACAUAGUCUGUCCAAACCACGAUUAUGCCUCUGUCUCGUAUUUGCUUGGUCUAUCAUCAUUAGCUGCGCGUAGGCGCAAUGCUGGAAUUAAUUUCCUAAUUGGUUUAUUGAAUGGUAAUAUUGAUUCGCCGAGCCUGUUGUCCCUCAUAUGUUUUAGAGUACCUCAGCGCGCAACAAGAAAUAAUGCUCCAUUUGUUGUCCCUCACUGCCUAACUAAUUAUGCAAAAAAUGAGCCACUUAGGCGUCUUAUGACUAAUGCCAAUGUUGACCCUAACUUUUCAUUUUAA